CCACCCGCAUUAUUUAUUCAUUUUGAAUUUUCUGUUGAAAAACUUUAUUCCGUUAUGUCAACUCUAUUAGAAGUUUGGAGAAGGAAGGAGACAGAAAGGCUGGAUGCUGUGGCUGUAGUGUAUGAUGACUUCCACAGAAAGCAGUUACAAACAUACAGACAGUUAUGCAGUAUUGUAGAUAAAGUAUCUGAUGCUUUAAACAAGGAUAUGGUUCAUAACUCGGUUAUAGCUGUAUGUAGAAAAACUGACCUCUUUACUCCGGCUAUCCUCUUUGGAGUAGUCCAGAGUGGUCAUGCUUUCUUUAAUUUUGACAAGUAUGGUAUAGAUGGUGCCACAGCAUUAUUCCAAAGGAUAAAUGUCAGUAAAAUCCUUGUCCAGAAUGAUGAUACACAGGUCAUAGAGAGACUGAUACAGAAGUUUGGUGGAGAGGUGACUACAAACUCAUUUUUAUCAUCUCUAGGAUUAGCUCUCCUCAAAAUUCAACAAAGAAGUGAGAAAAAAGAAGGAAUUCCUAAUAUUGCUUAUUGUAUUACAACAUCUGGUUCUACAGGGCAACCUAAGCUAGUACAAGUCCCACACAGCUGUAUUAUACCAAACAUCACAGAUAUCAGGAGUAUUUAUGAUAUGAAGAGCAAUGAUGUGGUAUUACUGUGUUCACCUUUGACUUUUGACCCAAGUAUUGUGGAAAUCUUUGUGACCUUGACAAGUGGAGCCAGUCUUUUGAUUGUACCAGAUCAUGUUAAAGCCCAGUCCAAGAAAUUACUGUCUGUUAUUUAUAGGAGGAAUAAAGUUACAGUCCUACAGGCGACACCCUCCUUGAUACAAAGACAACCUGCUACUGAUGUGAGAGAUUCCAUCUUGAGUUCAUCAUCCAGUCUGAGGAUUCUUGCCUUGGGUGGAGAGGAGUUCCCUCCCCUCAGAAAGAUUCGUGAGUGGCGAGCUCCAGGCAAUCGGACUCAGUUUAUCAAUUUGUAUGGAAUCACUGAGGUCUCCUGCUGGUCAUUGUGUCACUGUGUGGAGGACCAGGAGUUCUGGAAUAGUAAUGAAGAAGUUCCCCUUGGUAAACCAUUGUUACAGUCCAGUUACAGGGUUCUGAAUGAAGAAGGAGUGGAGGUGGUAGAGGGAACAGGAAAGUUAUAUUUAGGGGGCCAAGGCAGACAGUGUAUGAUAGAUGGUGAGACAAUGGAAUCAGGUCAGAACUUCCGAGAUUCAGGUGAUAUUGUUAGAAUUGACCGCCAGGGCAGAAUUACGUAUGUUGGCAGACAAGAUAGACAAGUCAAGAGGAAUGGCUGCCGACUUAACCUCACAGAAAUUGAGAAGGUGGCACUAGCAGACUCAGCCAUUUCUGAUUGUAAAGCAGUGAUCCACAAAAGUAGACUGAUUGUUUUUGUAGUUCCACAUCAGAAAACACAUACAAUAAAGAAUCAUCUACAAUCAGUCAUUGGGAGAAUGCUGCCCAGGCAAUAUACCCCAGACAACAUCAUUCCCAUUCAGGAGAUUCCCGUUACAAAACAUGGUAAAUGCGACUUCCAUACUUUAUUGUCCCAGUAUCUGAACUGCCAGGAUAAAUUUGAUGGUCAGUCUUCAGCCACAGUUGAAGACACUGUAAGCGAAGAGUGGAUGAAAUUACUUGGAGGUUGUGAUUUAACAAGGGAGAGCAAUUUCUUAUUGAGUGGAGGUGAUUCCUUCUCUGCUGUCAUGUUAGCCAGAUCUAUUGAAGAUCAAUUUAAAUUAACUGUAUCAGAACUGGUUGACAUUAUUUUACAUGACACAUUUUCUGAUAUAGUAAACUGUAUAGAAAAACACAGAAAAAUAUUAAAGUUCAAGCAGUCUACAGACAGAGGUGAAAACCUCCCUAUGUAUCAAGUUAUGACUGGUGGAAACAAGAAAAGAAAAUUAGAGUCCAUCAGUAAAUUAUGGGCAGGAUGUUCUUGUGUCAACAGUAGUGUGAUGAGAGGUAAUCAGUAUUUCUGUAAGAUUUGUAUGACUAAUGUCUGUAAGCCUAGCCUAAUAACUGAUGGUAAAUCUAACUGGACUACUGACAAUAAAUCUAACAAGACCAUGGACAGUACCAGUAAACCUAACUCUAAAGAACAGAUGCAUAGUGAUAUAGAGAGUGACAAAGCUAUAACUUCUGAUCCACUAAAACGAAGAUUGAGUUCUGCAGAAAGAGACAGAACAAAAGUGAAACUGGAACAGAAGUGGAGUUUUAACACUGGAAAAUGUGUGGAUGCCUCUCCUCUUGUUGUCAAAGCCAGUUCUGGGUUCCAUGAGAUCUACAUUGGAUCCCAUUCACACAACCUGUAUGCUCUGGUUGCUGAGACGGGAGAACUGCUGUGGAGGACAGAACUGGGGGACAGGAUUGAGUCCUCCGCGUGUAUCAGUCUGUGUGGAAACUAUGUCGUUGUAGGUUGUUAUGAUGGUGGAGUGUAUACGUUGACCAGAGACACUGGAAAGAUAAGAUGGCUGUAUAAAACUAAAUCAGCAGUAAAGAGUUCUCCUAUGGUGGACCCCAUUACUGGAUGGAUAUUUAUAGGGUCACAUGAUCACCAGGUUCAUGCACUCAGUAUUGAGGACCAGAGGUGUUGUUGGAGAGUUGAGGUGGGUGGGGGUAGUGUGUUUUCCUCCCCCGCUGUGUCUACUGACCCUCGUUAUGUCUGUGUCUGCUCCUUGUCAGGUCACAUAGCAGCCAUAAACCCUACCUCUGGCUGCAUCAUUUGGAUGUACAAUACAGAGAAGCCGAUGUUUUCUUCCCCUGUUUUAACAAGCACUGGUCCAUGUGUUGGAUGUGUGGACGGCAAUUUGUAUCAGUUAGAUCACCAGGGAAAAUUGGUGUGGAUAUUUGCUACUGGAGCACCUGUGUUUUCAUCCCCAUUGGUAGCACCUGUCAGUACUGCCUCUGACAUGACCAAUACAUUGAUCCUAGUGGGAUCCCAUGACUGCUGUGUGUACUGUCUGACUCCUGACGGCCAGCAAGUCUGGAAACAUCGCUCAACAGACUUUGUCUACUCCACUUGUUUCUGUUUUGGAGACAGGUCUAAUUCCUACAAUAAUUUACAUGAAGGUGGCAGUGGAUUGAAGAUCUCAAGUAACACUCAGAAUCAACUGAAUAAGUCUAGAAUUCUCAACACAACAGCUGAUUUCAAUCGAUUUAGUUCUGAAAGGAUGCAAUGUAAAUACCCAUAUUGUGUGGUCACCUCAAAAGAUGGUAACAUAACAAUCAUAGACACGGAUAAAGGACAAGAGGUGAAUUCAGUCAAGUUACCUGGGGAGGUAUUUUCCUCUCCUGUGGUGGUGGGAGGCUUACUUAUCGUAGGAUGCAGGGAUAAUAAUGUGUAUUGUUUUGAUAUCACUUAAAAAAUAAAGCAUUCUGAAAUCAAUA